CUCUCUCUCUCUCUCUCUCUCUCUCUCUCUCUCUCUCUCUAGAAAUCGGAUCCUGCACUUUUUGUCUGGAUAUUCGCAUUGGCCCCAAUAAAAUACCAAAACAAAAAGAAGAGGAAGAAAUAGAUCUCUCCUUCCUUUCUUCUUCCCUCUUCUUCGUCUUCCUUAUCUCUGUCUCUCUGGCUCGCUAUGGGCACUGGUUGGAGGAGAGCAUUCUGCACGACGAUCCCUCGAGACCCGGAAUCCAAGGCUCUCGAGAAGCAGCAACAGCGAAAGAGCAACCCCAGCCCCAGUCCCAGCCCUCGUAAAUGCGCCACCGCCAAGCUGGCGUUCUUGUCCGGCGGAAGCAACCCCACCACGCCGCGAGUGCGGGCUCACCGCGAACCUCCGCCUCCGUCUUCAACCCCGAGCCUGCUUCGAUGCCGAACAGCUCCAGUAUCGGCUCCAGCCCCCGGCACGGCCAGUGUGAGCUUGAGCGAGACUCCAAGACUCGAGUGCAAGAGCUCCACUCCCAAGUCAACGAGGAUGACGCCCAAGUCGUUGCCUAGCUCCAACUCUUCGUCUCCACGGUCUCCGCUCAAGUUGUCUUUCUUCAAGAACAGCUUCAAGUUCAGAAUCACGUGCGGGGUGUGCUUCGGCAGUGUCAAGACAGGCCGCGGCGCGGCUAUUUACACAGCGGAGUGCGGCCACGCCUUCCACUUCGCCUGCAUCGCCGCCCACGUCCGCAAGCACGGGGCCUUGGUCUGCCCCAUCUGCAACGCCUCCUGGACCGACGUCCCCUUGCUCUCCAUCCACAAGGACCUCCACCGCCAAGAUUCUCAGCCACACUCAGACCCACCUCAGCCAUCGCCACGGGCCGAAUCAGUCAAGCUCGAAGACAAAAAGAUGAUCGAAUCUUUUGCUUCACUCAGAGCAGCGAGACCUACCACGCCGAAAUUAACAGAACCCGUUUCGCCUAAGUUGGCCUACUCGAGAUGCUACGACGACGACGAGUCCGUGCUGUCCCCCAACCCCGGGGCGAGAUUCGUUCCGAUCGACAAGCGAGAAGAAGAAGAACGAGAAGAGCAAGAGGAGGAGGUUGAAGAGUUUCAGGGGUUCUUCGUCAACCCGACUCCGUCGUGCUCCGACGUUUCGCAAAUGACGAAUUGCAAAGACUCGACCCCCGUCGACGUGAAGAUCUUGCCCCAGUCCGCCGUCGUCUCCGUGUCCAAGAGCUGCGCCACCUACGUCGUCGCCCUGCGGGUCAAGGCGCCGCCCCCCGCGGCCGCCACGCGGAGCGGCCUCGACCCAGCGCGCCGCGCCCCGAUUGACCUGGUCGCGGUGCUCGACACCAGCGGCAGCAUGACCGGCGCCAAGCUGCAGAUGCUGAAGCGCGCCAUGCGCCUGGUCGUCGGCUCGCUCAGCUCGGCCGACCGGCUGUCCGUGGUAGCCUUCGCGGCGGCUCCUCGGCGGCUGCUGCCUCUGAGGAGGAUGACGGCUCAGGGCCAGCGUGCGGCUCGGCGCGUCAUCGACCGUCUCACUUGCGGCCAGGGGAAGAGCGUGGGGGACGCCUUGAGGAAGGCCGCAAAGGUGCUCGAGGACCGGCGAGAGAGAAACCCCGUAGCUAGCAUCAUCUUGUUAUCCGACGGUCAGGACGAAACGGUCCCUUACGGCGGCGAGAAUCCAAGGCAGGCGCCGAGCCACGUGCCCUCGACGCGCUUCGCCCACGUCGAGAUACCGGUCCACGCCUCCGGGUUCAGCAAGAGCGGCGGCGGCAGCGGCGGCUUCGGCCGCGAGCCGUCGGAGGACGCCUUCGCGAAGUGCAUCGGCGGCCUGCUGAGCGUGGUGGUGCAGGAUCUGACACUCAAGCUCGGGUUCGCGUCCGGAUCCGACGCGGCGGAGGUGGCGGCCGUCUAUUCGUGCAGCAGCGGACGGCCCGCCUUGCUCGGCUCGGGGGGGUCGGUCAGGCUCGGCGACCUGUACGCCGAGGAGGAGAGGGAGCUGCUGGUGGAGCUGCGGGUGCCCACUUCGACCGUCGGGUCCCACCACGUCAUGACCGUGCGGUGCGGCUACAGGGACCCGGCGACGCACGAGGCCGUGAAAGGGUCGGAUUGGGCGCUCGCGGUCCCGAGGCUCCACGCCGUCAGGUCGUCGGACCCGAAGGCGGAGCAGCUCAGGAGCCUCUUCGUGACGACGAGAGCCGUCGCGGAGUCGAGGAGAUUGACGGACUACGGCGACCACACGAGCGCUUACCACAUGCUGGUGUCGGCUCGGGCUUGGCUGAUGCAGUCGGGCUCGGAGCCGGCUCGGGAGUACGUGAGGGAUCUGGAGGCCGAGCUGGCGGAGCUGUACUGGAGCAGACAGCAAGCCCUGGAGGUGCAGCAGAUGAUCCAACGGCGGAGAGGGAGCGAGAGGGAGGAGGUGACGACGACGGCGGCGGGGAUGGCCGGUGGGAAUGGGGAGCCGCUCACGCCGUCGUCGGCUUGGAGAGCUGCUGAGAAGUCGGCCGGCGCGGCGAUUGGGAAGAAGUCGAUGGGUCGAGUCAGAGACUUGCAUGGCUUUGAAAAUGCCAGAUUCUGAUUUUUACUCGAUGGUCAAGUACAUUUUGGAAGAGAUAAAUUAGUUAAGACGCCACAAAUACGAAAAGUCUUUAGCUACAUUCGAACCAUAUGGGCUCGAUGAUACAUGUGAUUCGUUGGAUCAUGCAGAUCCCACGUGAAA